CUGGCACGCCAGGAGUUGGUGCAACCCCAGACCAUUGGUUUUUCCCCUCCCGGGAAAAACUGCAUUUUGCUUGCCACUCAAACGCAAUUUGCGCCCUCCUGGGAGCCACGUGGGGUGACGCGGGCGUUCCAAGCUCCAUUCACAAAAAGCAGGAAGGCGCGCGGGGGCGUGAGCGGCAAGGAAGAAGUGUUGCCGUUCCCUCUGCAGCCUCUCUAGGCGCCUGGACUCGAUCUCUUUAACCCCGAGAUGCACUUUCCCGUAGCAAGAAAAGCGUGGGGGGGCGGGGGAGGGUACAGCCCCCCCCUUCUCCAAGUCCACUUUGCAAGAGCAAGAAGAGAAGAAGUGGAUCUCUCCCCGGAUCCAGCAACGCCUCUCCCUGGUUGAUUCCCUUCCUCCGUCUGAUCUCUCCCUGUGCAAAGACCUCCCCCGCCCAAAAAAGCCAGACUCGCUAAGGGUGAAAUCCCACCCACCCAAACACUCCCCCCCCCGCAUUUCAGGGAGAGUCACAUCCUGCUGCAUUUGGGUCUGGAGGGGUCCGAGAUGGAUCUUUCGGGCACAGCAGGAGACAGAGCAGGAGGAGACCCUGGUGCCACCAAGACUGGGAGCAGCGGAGGAUUCUGGGAAGGAACGGUGAAGAAGAUCCUAAGUUCGGGAGAAGCCGGCACAGACGUUCGGCGCCAGCGGUUCAGGGAGUUUGGCUACCAGGAGGCUGAGGGGCCCAGAGACUUUUGCAGCUGACUCCACAGUCUCUGCCGUCAGUGGCUGAAGCCAGAAAGGCUCACCAAGGCCCAGAUCCUGGACCUGGUGGUCUUGGAGCAGUUCCUGGCUGUCCUCCCCCCAGAGAGGGAGAGCUGGGUCAGGGAGUGCGGAGUGGAGACCAGUUCGCAGGCGGUGGCCUUGGCAGAAGGCUUCCUCCUGAGCCAGGCAGAAGAGAGGAGACAGGAAGAGACAGGUGCAAUGCCUGUCCUUAGAUGUGGCCGUUGAUUCCCGCGAGUCAGAGAAGGACCCAACUGACCGUUGUGCAAAGCCCCUCUCGUGGGGCAUCGCCCAGGAGGUACAAAGUCGGAAUGAUUCAUUGGGAUCUGGUGACCUUCGAGGAUGUGGCCAUGUAUUUCAGCAACAAGGAGUGGGCCCUACUCAGCACACGGCAGAAAUCCCUGCACAGAGAAGUCACCUUGGAGAACUCUUGGAAUGUGGCCUCUCUGGCAGGUGAUGGGGGGGAUGAGAAACAUGGAUACCAAUAUGCCAGGCCAGUAGGGGGAAGCAAGAUUCAGGAGAUGGAAGAGAACUUCAGGACUCCAGGAGGAGAGAAUAAGCAGAAGAAAAACCCAGCAGAGGAAGGCAAGAAGACAUAUUGGCCAGGGAUUAACCUCCACGAAGUUCCAGUUCAGGAACACAAUCCCAAGGGAAAGAAAAGGAAUAUCUGCCCCGUGUGUGGGAAACACUUCAGCUACAAAUCAGAUCUCAGUGUUCAUAGGAGAAUCCACACAAGUCUGAAGCAACACAGAUGUUUGGAGUGCGGGGUGAGCUUUAGGCAGAGCGCACACCUCGCUACUCAUCAGACAAUCCACACGGGCGAAAAGCCAUAUCAGUGCUCAUUGUGCGGAAAGAGCUUUCGGCAGCGUGCCAACUUCACAUCACAUCAGAGAACCCACACGGGAGAGAGGCCGUAUCACUGCUCCAAGUGCGGGAAGAGCUUCAGUCGGAACACAAGCCUCACUGCCCACCUAAGGAAACACACGGGAGAGAAACCCUACAGCUGUUCCGUGUGCCGCCGGAACUUUUGCGACAAGUCGGGCCUGAACCUGCACCAGUUAAUUCAUUCAAAGGACAAGCCUCAUAAAUGCCUGGUGUGCGGCAAGAGCUUCAUUCGGCGCUCGCAGCUGACCUCCCACGAAGGGAUCCACACAGGGGAGAAACCGUAUCGGUGCUCAGUGUGCGGGAAGAGCUUCCAUCGGACGUCCAACCUGAAGUCGCACCAGAGGAUUCACGCAGGAGACAAACCCUACAAUUGCUUGGAAUGCAGCAGGAGCUGUUAUGAAAAAUCGCGCCUUCUCACACACCAGAGAAUGCACAUGGGGGAAAAGCCGUAUCAGUGCCCCGAGUGCAGGAAGAGGUUUCACAAUAAGUAUAAGCUAAAGAGCCAUCAAAGGAACCACGGGGGGGGGGGAGAGAAGCCGGUCACGUCGUGGCGUGUUGAAAUGGCUUCCGACGGUGCCCCCGUCUUGCAUGCUCUCAGAGAGCAUCUAGAUCAAGGGAAGUAAUAGUGCCACUGUAUUCUGCUCUGGUCAGACCUCACCUGGAGUACUGUGUCCA